ACACAUCGCCAUGCAGUGAUUCAGUGAGUGUCGAGCUGUGUGGUCGUCGUUUGAAAUGAAAAUGUGUGCAAAAAGUGUGAAAGAAGAGUACGAGGAGGAACUUGGUGGAACAAAAGACGACAACGAGCGAAAGCGUCAAUUGGAUGUUGUUUUCGAGAAACCUCAAGUUGUGUUACACGGAGCAGACGUCUGUGAAGAAAAUCUUCAUCCUGAGCAGCAGGAGUGGAGCUCCAGGGUGGAGCAGGAGGAGCCAGAUUCCUCACACUUUAAAGAAGAAGAAAAGAGCCCUCACAUUAAAGAGGAAGAGGAGGAACACAGCAUCAGUCAGGAGGGAGAGAAAAUUCAAGGGUUGGAUGGUGACCAUAUCACCAAGUUGACACUGACUGGUGACCAUGUGAAGAGUGAAAAAGAUGAUGAUGAAGAUGAUGAUGAUGAAAAUGAAGAAGGUGAUGACUAUGACCACCACGGAGGACCCAAAGCAGACUGCCUCUUUUCUCCUGACUCUGACAGCUUAAUAUCUGACGCUGAUCAUGAUAAUCACCCUAAAGCUGAAACGACAUGUCCCACCAACAAGAAACCCUGCCAAUGUUCUCAGUGUGACAAAACAUUUUUCAAUCAGUCAAAUUUAAAAAGACACAUGAGAACACACACUAGGGAGAAACCUUUUGCCUGCUCACUUUGUGGUACGACAUUCAAUUGGAAGGCAGAUUUAAUAAGACACACAAGAACACACACUGGGGAGAAACCUUUUGCCUGCUCAGUUUGUGAUAAAACAUUUAAGCAGAAGGGACACUUGAAAAAACACACAAAAACACACACUGUAGAGAAAAAUUUUGCCUGCUCAGUUUGUGGUAAAAGAUUUUCUGUAAAGGGAAACUUAGUAAGACACACAAGAACACACACUGUAGAGAAACCUUUUUCCAUCUCGGUUUGUAGUAAAACAUCAACUCAGGAGGGAACACACACUGUGGAGGAUCCUUUUGCCUGCUCAGUUUGUGGUCAAAUCUUUGCCAGGAAAACAAGUUUAUUAAGACACAUAAGAACACAUACAGGGGAAAGACCUUUUGCCUGCUUGGUUUGUGGUAAAAGAUUCACGAUGAAUUCAGAUUUAACGAGACACAGAAAAACACACACAGGUGCCAAACCGUUUGCCUGCUCAGUUUGUGGCAAAAGAUACACUUGGAAUAAAGAUUUAAUAAGGCACACAAGAACACAUACUGGCGAAAAACCGUUUGUCUGCACAAUUUGUGGGAAAAGAUUCUCUAUGAAGAUAGAUUUAAUACAGCACACAAAAACACACACUGGGGAGAAACCUUUUGCCUGCCUGGUAUGUGGGAAAAGAUUCACUAUGAAGUCGGAUUUAUUAAGGCACAAAAGAACACACGCUAGGAAAAAAAAAACUAUGGGUUCUGCCUGCAACAUUAAUUCUGGAUUACAAGCUCUCUGUCCUGAGAAGCAGGAGCCAAAGUUCCACCGUGUAAAGGAGGAGGAGUCAGUACCUACCAACAUUCAAGAGGAGACUGAGAAACCUCCCUACAUUAAAGAGGAAGAGGAGGAUGAGGAUAUUACCAAGCUGCUAAUUACCGUUGUCUCUUUGAAGAGUGAAGAUGAUGAAGGCAAGGGUCAAAGUGAGGAGACCAGGGAGGCGGAAACUCCAGGCUGCAGCUCAAGUCGGCAUGUGACAACAGAAGGUGAUGGAGGCCACUGCGGACGAUCACAAGCAGACAAUCACUUGGCACCACUAUCGGAUAGUGAUGAUGUAACGUCACGCUCCUCUGACACCGAUGAUGAUAAGUACUCGAAAAGUCACACUGACAACAAACGCUCCAAAUGUUCUCAGUGUGACAAAACUUUUGCUACCAAGUCAACGCUGAAAAGACACAUGAGAACACACACUGGGGAGAAACCCUUUGCCUGUGCAUUUUGCGGUAAAAGAUUCACUGGGAAGACAAAUCUGAUAACGCACACAAGUAAACAUACUGGGGAGAAACCUUUUGCCUGCUCCGUCUGCGAUGAAAAAUUCACUUACAAGGAACAAUUGGGAAGACACACAAUAACACACACUGGAGAGAAACCUUUUGCCUGUUCAGUUUGUGGCAAAAUCUUCACUUGGAAGGUAGAUUUUCGAAGGCACACAAGAACACACACUGGGGAGAGACCUUUUGCCUGCUCGGUUUGCGAUAAAACAUUUUCGAGGAAGUCAAGUUUAAUAAGGCACACAAGAACACACACUGGGGAGAGACCAUUUGCCUGCUCAGUUUGUGGUCAAAGGUUCACUCAGAAAGCCCAUUUAGUUACUCAUGCAAGUACACACACUAAUUCUUCUAAAGGUCACCUUUUGCCUGCGCAAUGUGCAACCUAACGUGAAUUGAUCCAACAGGACUGGUUCAACAGAUUCACGCUUGGUGUGUUUUUUUUCCCAAUUCAUACAGAGUGUGCAGUUAAAUAUUUUUUUUCCAAUUAAGUUACACUUUUGACAACACACACAAGACAACACAUUGAUGAGAAAGAGCAGAACCCGUGCUGAUGAGAAGACCAGCUGUAAAUGAUCUCGAGAUAUGAAAGAUAAUCUUUGAUUCUUUGUGGUAGGUGUUUGUUACCCUCAAUAAAAUACGGUGCAACUCUUCACACAA